GAUCCGUAUAAGUAUGGAAGUCUCAUGGUAUGAGUUGUACUCAUUUAAAAUAGAAGAUGGUCUAUAAACAUUAAAGUCUACAGUAAAAUCAGCGGAAGAACAUGGGCAACGGUGAAUAAAAGUACUAAAAUAAACUUGGAAUCGCAUGCUAACAGAGAAGAGCUAGCUGACUAGUUCACUUAGCCCUGUGGUGUUUUAACACACCUGAACCAUAAUGAGCACAACGCGUGCUGUCUGUACUGAGCACCUGGAAGUCGGAUCUGUCAUCGCAGGUGAACCGUACAGCAUCUCGGUGUUAAAGGAGGGAUACAGCCUAGCUCAGCCGGACGGCUCAACGCGUGCAGACGGCACGAUCUCUCUAUUGCAAGGACCCAAGAUAAUCCUAGUGGACACCGGGGGUCCGUGGGACCGCGAUUUCCUUCUUGAUCAGUUGAAGAAGAAGGGUCUUGACCCUGGCGACAUUAAUAUAGUGGUGGGAACCCACGGACACUCGGAUCAUAUCGGAAAUUUGGGUCUCUUCCCGGAAGCUACACUAGUAGUUGGUUGCGAUAUCAGCCAGCGAGACCGAUACCUCCCAAACCAGCUGGCAGAAGGUCGGCCUCAUCCCAUUGAUGACCAUGUGUCUAUACUACCCACGCCAGGCCACACAGGCCGAGAUGUCAGCGUACUGGUGACAGGGACCUCCGUGGGCGUCGUCCUAGUGGCGGGGGACCUGUUUGAGAAUAGCGCCGAUGAAGGCACCUGGCGGGAGCUGAGCGAAAACCCUGCAGUGCAGGAAGUGAGCCGGCAGGGGGCGCUGCGCACAGCCGAUGUCAUUAUUCCGGGGCACGGGCCCCCGUUCAGGGUUCCUAAAGACACCCAAUAAAAGUCAUUUAAAUGAGGAA